AUGGUGCAGGUAAAACGUGGACAACGUUUAACAGUGGAGAUUGAUGAGAAAUGGUAUCACAGCACCGUAGUCGGAGUAGACUGUAGUAUGGUACAGCUAUACUUUCCGGUUCUCAACCGAUAUGAGUGGAUUUAUCGAGGAUCAACACGACUCGGUCCUUUGUACCUUGGAGUAAAUACCUCCGCUGUGCCGACAAAUAAGUUUUCAAAGUUUCAGAAACGAAACGUGCCCUCGAUCGAGUAUAUUACUAUCGAAGAUGACGAGAAUGAAGAUAGUAAUGUUUAUGCAGCAUAUGUAAAGCCUGAUACAACGCAUUUUGCCAAUUUGAAACAAGAUCCUCAGGGCACGCAACAUCGUGCCACCGCCAGAAAGAGUACUGCCAACCGCACAAACCACAACACUGUGGGUGCCAUUUCGUUGAACCGUUCCACCAUCUAUAUCGAUUGUGACGUGGAUCGAUCCUUCGGGACUACGGUCAAAUUUACGACUAAAAACUAUCGGGGUCCGCUAAAAUUCGUGAAACACGAGUGUAGCACCGAAUGCCUCUAUAACAAUACAAAGGUUCUACGAUCCUACAAUUUGCUAUCGCGACCACUCAUCGUAGGCUGGGAGCGCCACCUAUGCUCUGCUCAAAAUCAAAAGAAGGAAGUUGUUGUUUACCGUGCACCUUGUGGCCGGCGAUUGCGUUCUAUGUACGAGGUUCACCGAUUCUUACGCCAGACAAACUGCAGUCUCAGUGUGGAACAUUUUGAUUUCGAUCCAGUAAUAAGGGUACUGGCAACUUACAAAUCUGAAAAUUGUAUUUUUGAAACUCCGGACAUAUCAUUCGGCAAGGAAAUCAUGCCGAUACAAUGUGUGAAUAACUACGAUGACAAGACUCCCCCGCCGUGCGACUAUUCUGCGGAGCGAAUUCCUACUGAAGGUGUAAAUCUGAACUUGGACAAAGAGUUUUUGUGUGGAUGUGAUUGCGAAGAUGAUUGCUUCGAUAAAAGGAAAUGUCAAUGCUUUCAACUGACAAUGAAAGGCGUAAAAUCUCAAAAUCCAAAGGCUAACAUCGACGAGGUUGGAUAUGUAUAUAAGCGCCUAAUGGAACCGGUAAUAACGGGUAUCUACGAAUGCAACGUACAAUGCAAAUGUAACAAGAAUAAAUGCCUCAACCGUGUCGUACAGCAUCCGCUUCAGACAAAGCUGCAGGUAUUUAAUACCAAAAACAAAGGAUGGGGCAUCCGCUGUCUAAACGACGUACCAAAAGGAAGUUUCAUCUGCAUUUAUGCCGGUCAACUACUUACCGAGGAAGCUAGCAAUCGUAUUUGCAUCAACGACAAAACAGGGGAUGAGUACUUUGCUGAUUUGGAUUUUAUUGAAACGAUGGAAAACCUUAAAGAAGGUUACGAGACUGAAGCAUAUCGUAGUGAAGAAGAGUACGAUGAGCCAUCGAAUACAUACGAAUCAGAUGUAUCGGAAGAAUCGACAGAGAACAUGACAAUCACUUCGACGCAAGAUUCGGAUGAAGAGUAUACCUCCAAAAUCAAACCUACUAACAUGGCCGUCAAGACACGCUCUCAACUUAAAAAGAAUAGCACUACACAGCAUUACACCCCAUCUGUCGAAGAUGAAAACGAUGAAAGAGAAUGCGUUGGCUUGAUACCAAAUUCUCAGAUGGACAAUAAUGAUGCCUUAGGUCCUGAAGAUGGAAAGAUUGUGAAGCUUCGUUCGCUUUUCGGCAAAAAUGAACAAAUGUGCGUGUUGGAUGCCAAAAAAUCUGGCAAUCUUGGUCGAUAUUUUAACGUGAGUACAUCUGUUUAUUAUUCCUUCAACAGUUAAGUCGCAAAUUUACAACAAUUUAACUUUUUUUCUCUUUUUUUCAUGCGAAUUUGAACGUAGCAUUCGUGCGGGCCAAAUCUGUUCGUCCAGAACGUGUUCGUUGAUACCCACGAUCUUCGUUUUCCUUGGGUGGCGUUCUUCUCAGAUAGAAAUA